CAUUUUUCUUCUCUUUUGGCGUACCUUACCAACUCAAGUGUAUUGACUGAUUUUUUUGCAGCAUGCUUACUCUCGUCCCAACUCAAGAAAAACAUGGAAAAUAAAGCCUUUCAACCUGUUCUUACAAGUUCGUUUUUGCACCAUCUUCGUUCUUCCUUUUCUGCAGCACAACAACGACCCGGCUUUUUUUCAUCGCUCAACGUCCACGACAUCGACGCAACUUUGUGCACCUGCUCCAGGAUCACCUCCUCUCUCAGCGUGGUCUCUUUCCAGUCUCCUCAAUUACGGAUGGGGGUACUUGUUCCUACAGUUGGCAGCCCCGGGUUAGAAGAAGUAGCACCAGGAGUAGCAAGACUCGUGGGUGACCACGACUGGCCGCGUUGUAGUACCAGCACGUGAGCAGGCGGCCAACACGGUUGCGUGACAAAAAACCUCAUAUACGACGUCUCCCUCAUCUCGAUAGAAUCCUCCACCGUCAGUGCAAGUAGCCAUGGGCAAAAAGAAGAAGGAAGAGCAGACCAAGGACGGCGAGCCGCCGUUGCAAAUCGGCGAAUCCUACCGCGGGCUGCCGAGAGAGGUGAAUGACCAGCUGCUCCGCGAGGCCGUCCCAACCGCCGAGGAGCUGAGGCAGCACGGCACGGCGUUCGCGGAUACGAAGCGAGAGCAGGUCCGCGCGGAGCACGGACUCAAGUCCGUGUCCGAUGAGAAUCGAAAAUAUGAACUGCAAAAGUAUCGUACUAGUAGUAAUUGCAAUACAAAUUAGCUCAGCAUGACAAAUGGAAUUUGUCAUGCUGUUUUGCCUUCGGAUGGAGAUUUGUAAUGCAAGACUUGCAUUUAUACGAGUUUAACGCUGGACCAGGCGGUGUCAAAUUGAAUUCAAAACGAAUUCAAAAUGAAUUCAAAAAGUGGGCACUUUUGAAAUGAGCCACAUUCCGCGAUGCCCUGGACUCUCAGCGGUUGCUGCCCCAGCAGCUUUUGGCGACCUGGUAGCGCCGCUGCCUGCUGGCUCAUUGGCUCGGGGGACGGGCUCAACCCGAAGGGCUGCUCCGCACCGUACUAGGAGUGUUGCUGAAUGAUGACCGAGGGCCAGAGCGAUGCGCUCUGGUUCACUUUCCGGCAUACGCCCGCAUCGCCUGCGAAGGGCGACGGCGCUCUGUCGUGGCUUACUAUUUCGCGCCACUUUUGUGUAGCGCCUGUCUGACACUGGUGGCGGUUUAGUCAUUCCCGCGGCCGGCGCUAUUAUUGGCUUUGGCACUCCGGGCAGGAACACUACAACAGGCCCGCACGGGCGCAGAAGGGGGCUGCGCUUGUUUGCGGCGCUAAUUUGGGAUCGGCGCAACAAUUCUAAAGUUCAUCGGGGAGUGGAUCUCAAUUUCAAAGUCCAUCCGAUCGACCGGCCCCAAUUCAAACUCCAUCCGGACGACCGGCCCCAAUUCAAAACCCAUCCGGACGAUCGGCCCCAAUUCAAACUCCAUCGGGGCCAUCGGGGCAAAUUCAAAACUCAUCCGAAUUCUGUCCGAAUUCCGUCCGAAUUUUGUCCCCUACUUGGGUUCUUGAUUCGGACGGAUUCUGACAGAAUUCGGAUGGAUUUUGAAUUGGUGGGGGAUGGGAUUUUGUGGUCCGGGCCACCAGAGUUGUGCCUCCAGUCGACUUCACCUACCGAGACCAGCCUGGGCGAUCUUGGGUGGCUGACCGCAUUGGGAAUCGCGGCCGGGGAUGGCCUCGCCCCUGGCGGCAUUUUGUCCACUAGCGUCACAUGCAAUAUGCACAGGCUGACUUGCUUGAGCGCUCGCCGGGCCAAGCCGCGACCCCGACACCGAGGCCAGCCAUGCUCCUAACCGCAUGCGCCGGCCCCCGACGGUUUCCGGCAUUUUUCCGUGGUUGGGCAGGGUCUUCUCUUAUUACACCGGCAGCACCCCCCUGGCGCCGAGCCGGGUUUCAAGUCUCGCAAGUUAAGGCAUGAUAACAAACUUCGGCCGCCGGUCGAACCAAAGCGCGUUCGCCCCAUUUCCCGGAAGCUCCUUCGCAUGGUUGGAUCCAGUUGCCGUUUCGCGCCUGGUCCGCUGGACCAAGCACAGGGCGCAGCGUUCGUGUGAAAGCGGCUACAGGCCGUUUUCUAUGGCUGUCGCGCGCCGCAUUUGUUUCGCCCGAUUCGCCCCCUCGGAGGGGCGUUUUUUUGAAAAUGCCAACUUUUUGAAUCCAGUUUGAAUUCCGUUUGAAUCACGAUUACACUCCGAGCGGUCUAGAGUUAAUACGAGUACGAUACUUUUGCACAGGAUAGAAAACGCGACACUGCGAUGUACUACCAGCCGAUGCCCUAUGGAUGUGUCAGGAUCGAAAUUAAUCGACAAAGUCGAAAAAUUUGUGAUGCAUAAAAUGUAGAGCACUGAAGGCCGGUAUUGGGGAGAAGGCAUCUGAGACCGAUUGUAAGCCUGUUUAGGCGUAUACAAUGUGCUGCCAGAGUAGCAUGACAGGAGCAGCCUUCUUUGCCCAAACAGCAUGACAGACUGGAUUUGGGUGCUCCCGAAAUUUCUCAUGCGCCACUUGGAAACUGAGGCUCCAACUGGCAUCGAUUUUGUGCAUCACAAGUUUUUCGAUUUUGCGAAUUUCGAUUCUGACGCUUCCAUAUGCCCGGGGAGGACGGCGCGGUUAAGCCGGUGCCGACGCAGGGAGAAAAAGUGGACCCCAGUACGGAGAAGGGAAAAGCGGCACCGCCAGCGAAAGCCCCGUCAGGGACGAACAAGAUAACACCAAAGCCCCUCGAUCUCCAAGCGGACUCCGUGCAAGCCCCGUUGGAACCAGAAACUCCCAUGGCGGACCGGAUCAACGCACACAAAUCCGUGUCCCGGGCGACCACGCCGAAGGGGGAACACAAAAAAAUCUCCGAAACCGCUCUGGAUUCCAUCUCCCAGCAGCAGCAUUCCGGCGCGAAAAAAGGGGUUUUGAAGAAAGAGGAGUCCAAGGGAGCCAGUUCCGAUCACGGUACCUCAGAGAACAAAACGGGGACCGGGGGCAGUUCCAGUUUCCGUGCUAUCAAGGAGCGGACCGCAAGACUGAAGGAAGCCCGGAAGCAAGCCAGGAUAAACACAGGGCUGACGGCCAAGGGAAGGUACGACCGGGUCAUGCACCAGAGAAACGAAGGGAGAAGCUUUCGGAAGGUAAGAUUUAGUAACUUUUGUAUAGAGGUGUACACUUUUACGAAUACUACCCAUAUCGAAAUAGGCAGUACCUCGGCAAAACAUUUGUAAACCACAAAAUAAUGCCAACAUCAGGGAAUGCCUAUUCUGUCCGAGACCAUUGAGUUCACCCUCGAGCGCAUGAAGGACCACUACAAAGAGCAGGAAGAUGCGGGAAAGAUGACGAAACGCGCCCUCCGGGAGCGGCAGAAGGGCAUCAAGAAGGAGAAGAUUGACAAGAACAGCCUGGAAAAGAUGUUCAUGACGUUUCUCGCGGUCUUCAAGGCCAUCGUCUUCCACCAUGUGUUUCUACGCAUGGCAAAAGUAUCGUGCUAAGUAGUAAUUGCAUCACAAGUUGUUGGGUCGGCAUGACAAAUAAAAUUUCUGAUGCGAAUUUAGCUUUAAGAAAGAGAUUUGUAUUGCAUCUCUGCAAUUCCAAUUUACAACUAGAACUACUGCGAGCACGAUCCUUAAUUUGCAAUGCAUAGUUUCCGAACAUAAAUAACAACCUCGGCAUGCGGAUGAUCUUCGAGCGGAUUCUGCCCUGCAUCGAAUUCCCCCUCCACUGGCUCGCGGUGUUCUGCGAACCGCAGUUGGGGUACAGCAUGGGACAGAUGUGUCCCUACAACCCCGGCUACGACGAAUCCGCCGACGCAAUCGACCCCAUCGAGGGCAUCCCGAAGGGCGAGCCGCUCGUGGACACGUUUCCCUUCGCGGCGCCGGUCUUUGGCGUGCUGUUUCCGUAUCUCUGCGUGUUCUGGGUGUGGCGGAGGGCGAUUCCUUAUGUUCGAUUGCGGAUUUUGUCGAACAAGUAUCAAACUGAAAAAUGCCGCCACCCCCGAACUUGGGAGCAUUUGUAUUGCAAACCUUUCCAAAUGAAGCAGUCGCGUUCUUGUAUCUAUCAGCAUCACAGAUUUUCAAUCGUGAAGAGCAAAAAUUUGUAUUGCAAAAGACCCCAGCAAGAGUGGCGCUUGUCAUGCAAGUGAUGCGAUACAUGACUAGACUCUGCAUCAGAAAGAUUCAUACUUCUUUCAUGCAUGACAAAAAGUUUUCAUUUGGAAACUUCGCGUCACAAGUUUUUGCGACUUUGGGCGUGGGGGCAUUUUUCACUGUAAUAACAAACACCUGGUGAUCGGAAUGCUUCUCUGCCGGUCGGUUCUUAUAUCAAAUGCAAAAAUGUUUGGGUCUGGAAGAAUGGGCGAUUUGUCAUGCAGCUUUUCCAUGACCCAUGAGGUCUGGAAUGCAGGGCCUAGCGUGACAGAUUCUGCGCGAUCUCCCUCAUGCCUAUCCUGCAUGAGAAACUCCCUCCCGACUUGGUCAAAACUGGACGACGUUUGGGAAUCAUGCAACACAGAUUUUUGCAUGCUUCAGAUUUAGCAUGACAAGUUGGAUUCUUCCAGACCCAGACAUUUUUACAUUUGAUAUCUCACCGUGAAGCGCAAUCCGGCCUCGGUGCAAGUCGGUAUGGGCGUGGAUGGCGACGACGCGAUGCUGACCACGUUCUCCUUAACCUCCUGGCUGAUAAUAGGACUGCCAUUAGUGUAUUUGAUCGACAUAUCCCACGAAAAAACUGUUUCACUGUGAUGGUUUUGCAAGAUCCGCAUCACAAGUUUGCUACACAUGACACAGGAAAUUUGCCAUGCGCGCAUUUUCCAUAGGGGAAAACACGCUUGAAACUCCAAUGUUCUAUGCAGGUGUAGCAAGACAGAUACUUCUGUGCUCCAUUCUAUGCAUCACAAGUUCACAGUGAAACAGUUUUUUCUUGCGAUGCGACACCAUCAUCUUCCUCUGCUUCUUCCCCUUCCGCGAGCCGCCGAACUUCUAUGCAAUGCAAAAGCAUCGUACUAGUACAAAUUGCAUCACAAAUUAGCCCAGCAUUACAAAUUGAAUUUGUAAUGCUAAUUUGCCUUGAGAAAGAGAUUUGUAAUGCAUAUAAUGCAAUUAGAAUUACUACCGGUACGAUACUUUUGCACAGGAUAACUUCCUCGCCGCGACCAAAUUCUUCAAGGCGCAACUGAUGAUGAUCUGCGGGAGCCCAAGUUUCAUCCUGUUCGACGUGAUCCUGAUCACGAGCGAGGGCCCGGGAGGCCCAAGAGAAAAGACCUUCGCGAUACUGGGACUCUUGGUCAGCAUCUGCACGCUGUGGUAUUUUAUUUUAUUCGGCAGUUCCUCUUUCGAAUUCGAAGUUGCAUCACCAUGAUCGGCAGCAUUGCAUGUUUCGUAUACAGCUUUUCCCACCACUUCUGUCCAUGCCGCUGGUCGUAAUUGCCACAAUCGAAACACCAGUACGGAAAUGCUUAAAAACUUGAAUUUUUCCUAUCAGGUUCACCAUCCUCCGCGUUUCUCAAGUUGCGUACCGCAACCUCAUCACUAUGUGGGAGGUCAUCCUGCUCACCUCCCGCAUGGGCAAGGGCACCGGGGGCGACUCCAUAUCCGCGGUGAGCAAAGCGAAGCAGGCGGACAUCGCAGCCGCGGCAGCGAGGAUAUUCCCGCCCUUUUUCAUCGUCAUGGCGCAAAUGAAAAUCUGCAGUCUGGAACACGAGAAAUACGUGAUCAACGAAAACGAGUUGGCGCAGUUGGGCCACUGUCUGUUCAACAACAUUUACAUCAAGCACCUGGUGAUUCCCUCGACCUGCUGCAAGAACCUCGUGAAAGCGGGCUACACGCUGUUCGACGCCAUCGAGCAUUGCGUGAUAAAGAUGGACAACUGCGUGCUGGAAUCCUUCAACUGGUUCCCCAUCAUAUGAAAGUGCACAAUAACCGAAACCCCCCUUCCCCUCCGUGCUCGUUUGUCAUGCGGAAGACUGAGUUCGUCUUCGUUGUAAGUGUAACCAAUAGAUGGCCGGCGCCGGUUUUGGCACUCUACACAACAUGUUGACCAUUCAUUAUUCCAUGCAGUCCUAGUAGGACUGCGGUCGAUCAACAUGUGCGGCUGCAGCUUGUGCUUGUUACUAGGCCUGAAUGAAGGGGACGUGGGGGAGCUGUGAAAUCUCAUACGUCAAAGACAUUCUGUACAAGCCAAACCUCGUUUUCACGAUGGACCGAUACAGGUACGAAUGCUGAUAAAGAAGCUCUUCAUGUUGCUGUCAAUGGCAUUGCAAUGCAGAGGCUUUUGGAUAUUUUUCAUUUCUUGUUUAAAUCCGACCUCGGUCUUCGAAAUAGCAUGACAGGAGAGCAAUGCAUCGGCCCAAACCACCACCAUAAAAAUCAAUACACUCAACACCACAGGUACGGCCACGAAAAGCUGAACCUCCAGUACGAGAUGUCUUUCACGGAUUCCUGCUACUACCUCGCCGCUGGCGAGCGGAUGCAGCAGCCUUGGACUGAUUUGGAGGCCAUAGUGUUCUGCCGAAUGAUGCCGUACAACAAAAACUUGGUCCAUCUUGACCUCUCCUCGAACCUGCUGAAGGACUACGGCUUCAUGGCGCUGGCGGAAUUAUCCUGUGCAAAAGUAUCGUACUCGUAUUGCAAUCAUGCAUUACAAAUCUUUUUCUCAUAGGUAAAUCAGCAUUACAAAUUUUAUUUCUCAUGCUGAGGAAAUUUGUAAUGCGUUUAUACGAGUACGAUACUUUUGCAAUUUAUAGGAAUUCCUUUUCUGCAACUCCCAGCUGAAACUUUUGAACAUCUCCAACAACGACCUGGACGGGUUGCAAGACCGGACGCUGGACACGCUACUGGACGCCGUGGUUUCGCACCCAAGGUUAGAGUCCGUGCAGUUCUCCGCGAAUACGAUACAGCUUCCGAUUCGCGACUUCGAGGACGUCGAGGUGCUGAAGUGGGACGCCUACUAUCCUGUGCAAAAGUAUCGUACUCGUAUUGCAAUCAUGCAUUACAAAUCUUUUUCUUAAGGUAAAUCAGCAUUACCAUUUACAAAUUUUAUUUCUCAUGCUGAGGAGAUUUGUAAUUGUAAUGCAUUUAUACGAGUGCGAUACUUUUUUAGUGUAUACCUACAAUGUGUACACGAUCAACGUGAACCAGAUCGUGGGGCGCGUGGUGGAGUUAGUCUUAGAAAACCAGCUUUCCUUCGAUAAUUUCCCUCCCCAUUGCCGGUUCGACCACUACUGCACCAUCAUCCAAAACGCUUUAGCGAACGACAUGGCGCUGGCGAGACAGGUGUCCUGUAGCCUCCACCCGAAGUUGCGGCGAUUCGUCGCGGAGCGGUGUGCGAAGAAGUUGGGGCACCCCUUGGGGAACGACCCCGAGGACUUGCUGGACCUAUACGUGAAGGACAGUCGGAAAGUGAAGCAACUGACGAAGAAGGAGAAGGCGAGCCGCGACGAUUUGUACCUGCCGCCGAAGGACCGGAUCGUGAUCAGCGUUUUAGGGUCGCUAGAGGGGAUGGCGAUGGCCAUGACGCUGCGGUUCUCGCGGCACUUGCGAGAGAUUUUUUUGGAGGGAAACCGGGUCUCGGACCGCGGGGCGGAGAUGUUUUUUCGUCUUCUCUGCGAGCCGGGGAAUGUCGUAGAAAUGCUGUCGCUAGCCAAUAACGACAUUGGGUACGCGAGGAAUAACUAUGUCAAGGGCAGAGCGGUAAAGUGGCUCCAGCGAGUGCUCCAGCUGCCAGAAGCGAACCCGAUGCUGCAGCAGAUAGAUUUGUACCAAAACGACGCCUUUGUCGCGUUUGAGCGGGAGAUUCGGGUGUGGGUCAUGGCGCGGCCGCAGUCAGACGAAAUUAUGCCGCUGGAGUGCAACGUGAAGAGGGGGAUGCGCGGCUGAAUACUUACGUCAAAAAGUAGUUGGUCCUUCCUCGUUCCCAAAUUUGCUGCUGCUGUCUGCAAUAUAGCAGAACUGCUGGGAGGUCUACUGCUUGAAAGUUCUUGAACCGCUGCCGUCUCAAAGAAACCUCUGAUAGCUAUGUCAUGAUUUGGCGGUGGUCUCACCGCUCGUCCAGUUGCAAAAAUUCGCACAGCAAGAAGAAUCAAAACGAAGGUUUGUUUUCCGUGCCUGUGUCAACAUAAAUGUUCUUGACAUCGCACUGGAAACUAUUAACUGGACGGUCGGACUGCGUUGUAUCCGUAGCUGCACCCGUUUACGGCAUUUCGUCCUGCAAAUGAUCCAGACUGUUUUGCCCGAUAUGGAUAUUCGUAGAAAUCAAGUACUCGUCGUGUAGUGAGAAUUUCUGCAUUUCAUCGUGAUCGCUGAAUAAAGAAAUCGCACUCGUCACAUCGGCGUCUCAAAUCAAAGUUAGGUCGUCGUGUGAUCCUCGUAGAUACUGUGUAUGCUGGUUUGUCGAUGUGCUUAUGUGUCUGGGUCUGGGUGGUCAAAGCCAAGAUUGCUUUUGCGAUGUUCGUUGAUGAUCUUCUCAUUGUGAAAUACCUUCGUUUUUGCUGUUGACACUGGCUUGCACGUCGUUUCCUGAUGGGUAAGAACCUGAAUCUACUCUAUCACCACUUACAACAUCGUGC